AUGGCCAAGUCUUUUCUGGUUGCAGAUUUGUUGGUGUGCCAGGACAAGACCAAUGCCUCUUCUUCUUCUUCAUCCUCCUCACGCUCCUCCACCUCCUCCACGUCAUGUCAGCUCUCCUCCGGCCUGGUUCUUCUCCCCUCUCCUCCGCCUCCACCGUCGCCACGGCUACCGUCUCUACUCCUCGUAUCGUCUACGCCGCCACCGGCUCCGUUGUUGCCGGGGCACCUACAGCCUUGGACACCGCCGCUACUGCCUCCACUGCUUCCUCUCCUCUCUCAGACCCAUUCUCCCCUGUCAGAUGAACCAGUUGCAGACGAUUCCUCCUCGUUGUCAUGGCCCUACCUCCACCUCACCGGCGACAUGGCAACUACAAUCUGGCCCAGCAAUUGUCUCAUGAUGCCAAAAGGUCAGCUUAUCGACCUGUUCGGUGGCAGGUCGGUCGAAUCGGUGGAAUCGCCUCCGUCCGACCUUCGUGAUGCCCAGCUUCAAGUGACCUGGGAGUUGGAGCCUGGCUUAUCGACACGUCUCCUUCUCGAUCAUUCGUUGCUUGGCCUCCCGGCCGCUGAAACCUCGGCCUUAGGAAUCCCACUUCCCGGCGAACUGGAGGCCCAUGGACUGGCCAGGACUUGGAGGGAAAAAGCCUCAUACGAGAAUGAAACUGACCUCUCCCCGACUUGUCCUCAUCCCAACGUCGAGGGGGGGCGGCAAAUGUCACUUUUCAAGUACAGGCAGUUGAAAGAGGCGAAAGCCUGUCACAAAAACGGUGGGUUUAAUGUCUUUCCUCAACUAAUCUUCUCGUUUUAUCCCAUGUUACCUGAAAACCUUUCACAAAUCUGUUCAUUUUCCUCAACAUUCCACACCCACAUCCGGUGCAGCAACCCUAUUUCUAUUAACCUGAUCAAGGACUGA